AUGGCAGGCAGCUCCGCUCCUUGGAUCGGCAGCGCUUAUCUCUUCCUCCAGUCAACCUGCAAGACCAUCGUUCUGCCGUCUCUCUAUGAGAGCUCACAGAAGAAACCUAGCGUGUUCAAGGCGCUGAAGCUGGCAUUAGCAGACUCCACCGGCAGCGUGAAUGGUGUGGACAUGCUCAAAGUGCACUGCAGCCACCCGCACCUGAUAGUCCAGCUCAAGUUCUGCAAGCAGGAGAACUGCCGCCGGUUCCUGCAGAGUUACCGGGAAGGAGCGCUCCAGAAGUCCCUCCAGAAUCACCUCCAGCUCUCCUUGGCCAUGACCACGGUGCCUCUUGAAAUGGAGCUGAAGGCUGGCAAUGAGCACCUCGACAAGAUGCUGAAGGAUGAGGAUCGCUGCCUGGAGUGCAUCUACAGAGAAAAGCCUGACCGCCUGCGGGAUGAGGAGAUCACAGAGCUGGAGGAAUGCCUCAAGAGCCUGAUUGUUCACCACAGCUUCAACAACAAUAUGGCUGUAAAAGACUGCGCGUCUCUCAACUCCCCAUCUCUACCUUAUCCUUCUCGAGGCAGGUCCCUUUCCCCAGAAGUCACCUUCAUCUUUCAGGGACAAGAGUUCGCCAACAGAACGCUCACGCCAGACGACCACCAGAAAUUUGCCAAGCUCGUGUCCAAGAAAUGGAAGCAAGUGGGUCGUUCUUUGCAGAAGACCUGCCGGGCCCUGCGUGAUCCUGUCAUUGAUAACCUGGCUCUUGAAUAUGACCGAGAGGGACUAUAUGAACAAGCCUAUCAACUGCUUCUCAGAUUUAUCCAGUCAGAAGGGAAGAAGGCCACAAUAGCGCGGCUGAUCGCAGCCCUGGAAGAAAAUGGUCUCAUCAGCUUGGCUGAGGAGCUCUUGGGCCUCCAUUCCAAUGAGGACUGCUCCUAGAGCCCAAAGGGUUGUGGCAUUGCUAAGGGCUUUCUUGCUUUAGCUAGUGUAUGAGACUGCUGCCAGUGUCUGGGAAUGUAAAGUCCUGAAGAAUCACCACAGGUUUCCAUGUAGGUGGGAAUGCCCUGGGGAGAGGUUCUGUGCUCGCAGAAGCCAACACAGACCUCUGACAUUCCUUAUUUCAUUCUGUUUCCAGAAGUCAACGUUACUUUCCCGUGAACUGGUGAGAGAGGCUUUCAGCCUGACUUCCUUCAGGACUGAAAUGUCACAGGGAAGCAGCCAGACAGUUAGAGAGCCCUGGGGGAGGGUGAGGGAGAGGAGAAA